GGUUUGCAGCAAUGAGCAUGCGCAGAAGACAGACAUGGCGGAGAAAAACAUGACAGACACCGGGGAGAAGUUCUUCAGUGAAAUAUUAAGUCCAUCAGAACUGUUUGCAUCCCGGUCCAGGAGUCACAAGAUCCCGGUCCGAGGUCAGAAGGAUUUCUUCCCCAACGACUCGGAGGAGCAGAGACGGCGCCUCGAGCAGAGUGUGGAGGAGCACUGGAGCCUCAUAUCAGAGGAGAGAGUGGAGAGGCUAGGGAACCUGGUGCAGGCAACAUGGAUUCCUAAUGAGCAGACAGUGGAGCUUCAGUCUCCAGCUGGGAAGUUUUGGCAGACGAUGGGAUUCUCUGCUAACGGAAAGCAGCAUCUCCUCCCUGAAGAGGCUCUCUACCUGAUGGAGUGUGGAAACGUGCAGGUGUUUCACAGGGGCCUGCCUCUGUCCAUCCAGGACGGCUAUGAGAGGUUUCUGUCCUCGAGCACGGUGACCCUCCAGCAGUAUCAGGUGUUCGCUCAUUUGAAGAGGCUCGGCUACGUGGUGCACAGAUUUGAUCCCAGCUCGGAGCCGUCGUCCUAUGCGAGGCAGCUGAACCUUCCUCCGUCCCGUGACAGAGGCGGGAAACAACUGAAGAGGAAACGCAGUGCGAGCCCCGCGCCGACAACAACAUCCAGGUUAACAAGUCAAACUGAAACAAAAGAAGACUCCUCAGCCGACAGAAUGGAGGAGGAUAAAAGCCGCCACGAGGAAAACGAAGAUAAAAAAUGUCGGAAGUCAGACAUGAUGACAUCUCCGGCAACACCAGAGACCCAAACGGCAGCUCAAAGUCCAGCAGAGAAAGACAAAGGGGGCAGGACCUGGUGGAUGAUGGAUGCUCGCGAGGACCAAUCAGAUCACCAGCCUGCCUCUGGUUCCUCACGCUGGCACUUCGGCUCCAUCUCGUUCCCUGACCUGGGCUCCAGCGAGCGCCGCCCUAGCUGCUUGGCCCCUCCAGACCCCUCUCUGCUCCCAGGGUCUCUAGCUGUGGGGGUGUGCGACGUCGCCCCCUGGAGAGGGAGGAUAAACCUGCGGAAGGUGAAGGAGCAGAGGAGGGAGGAGAGAAGACACCGGUGGAAUAUCAACAAUGACAGAGAGGUUCGGCGCUGCAGAAACUGGGCGGAGUAUCGCGAGCUCCAGGCGAGGCGGCAGGAGAAACGUAAAGGUGGACCAGCACAUUUGUGGAACAGGGAAGUGACUCCCUUACACAACCCGAGAGAACAAAUACCCACGGCGGAUCUUUUGGAAAAAAUCAGAAUGACUGAAUCUACCAGUUUAGUCGAGGGAGCGUCCAGGUUAAAAGGUUCAGACAAGUGGAGGAUCUGUUUUAAUGUUUACCAACCUGACACGGUGGCUGACUUCAAGAAGAGCAACCCGGGGAAACCGCACUCCCGCAUGUGUGUGUGCAGUUUCGACGACCCCGUGCCGGACCUGAGAGCCAUCAAGCUGCUGGCCUUCAGCAGUGGAGACAUCCAGGUGGUUUGUGCCGUAGUGGACCACGGAGACAUCUCCUUCUACACCUUCAAAGAUUUCCAGAUACCCACUGACGUUUUCCCCUGACACCUCACAGCCGUAUAAACUCAUCUGUGGACUUCUGUAUGACUCUGUGGGUUGGAUGAUGAACCUUUGGUGGCACAGGUUGGAGAGAGUGUUUAUGGGGUCUGAGCGGUGCUUUACGUCAUGGAGUGGACUUUUUGCCAAAGUUUCAGUCAUUAGGUGGGAACUGAAGGGGGGCCUGCAUUGCUUCUUUUUAAAAAAAAAUUUUUAUACCACCUUUAAAUGGUAAGAAGGACUUUUAGGGCCACAUUAAGGGGGAAAAAUCUGAGAUUUCAAGAUUGAAGUCAUACAUUUACAAGACUAGAGUUGUAAAUUUACUCAAAGAAAAUCCUAAAUUUAGUCAAAUAAAGUCGAGUACUUAGUCAGUAGUUGAUACAACCUUUCAGAAUAAUAAUUUUAACCAUCGCCUAGUUUAAAUCCAAUUAUACAUUUCAUAUCACUAAUUAACUUUAUUCUAGUAAAUUUACAACUUAAAUCUCAAAACUUUGGAUUUUCUUUUGCUUUAAUGUGGCUCUUGUGCUCCAUCGAGGCAAAGUUUUCUCAUUUAAAUUUGAAACAUAGAGGGAUCACUGAAUAUGUUUUUUCCUUUUAAAAAAAAAAUGGGUUUAUCACGUCUGUAGGUUGCACAGUGUACAGCUCACUGCACACCCUUUUUUGAAUUAAACAUUCAUUAGAAAAA